GCGCGAGCUCUGUCUGAACCUGAUCCCCACUCCUCUCCCGUACGAGCUCUAUAUAAACAGGCUCGCCCUCCCUCCGCAGCACACGCGCUUCGUUCCUCCUCGUCCCUCGGCUCGGCCUCGCCUCCUCUCCGUCUCCCUGCAGAAAGAGCGCAGCAAGGCAAGAGGGGGGAUAGGAGGAGGAAGAGAGCAGGAGAUGGCAGGCUGCGAGGGAGCCAAGUCACCGGCCUCCCAGGAGGAAGAGGCAUGUGUUGAGAAGAAGUACGGAGGAAUUGCGCCCAAGAAGCCUUUGAUAUCCAAGGACCACGAGCGCGCGUACUUCGAUUCAGCAGACUGGGUGCUCGGCAAGCAAGCUGCAAAUAGCAGCACAAGGGCUGCUGUCGAGUCUCUGAAGCCCAAGCUGAAGAGAACGCCUCACCACCAGCUCCCCCCUCGCAAGCCGACCUGCGCUUCCAGCUGAGACGCACGUGCAGCAGCUGGAGGGAGUGCUCGGAGGCAAGAAAGGGAGAAUGAAUGAUUGAGCUCGGAUAAAUGCUUGGCAGCCGAAAUCGUAGGGAUGGAUCACAAGCCCGAGGUGCAAUCUGGCUAGUACUUGUCAAUUGCAGCCUCUACUAUGUCUAUCAUCAGAACGGAUUAAUUAUCGGCAUCAUGCUUAAGUUAGAUGGUACUUGGUUGUUGAACUGAAAGUUUACUUGGUUGUUGAACUGAAAGUUUUCUCCUUUUUGAAGAAAAAAAAACAUUUGUCCAUUA